GUAGUUAGGGUGGAAACUUGCCAUGGCCUCCCAGGACCUGCACUGCGGUCCUGGUCUCUACUGUAGGAAGAGCAGGUGCCAUUCAGGGCUAAGCAGGGGAGUUCCGUAGUCAGAUGCACUACGCUGAACUUGCUCUGUGAUGCAGAGGGGAGGAUCUGUGGGGAGACCAUAUCAGAUGCAGAAGUGAAGAAUGGUUAUGGUGGGAAGGAAAUUUUUUAAAAUUUUAUUUAUUUAUUUUUAUUUUGGAUAGAAACAAGUUGAAUGGGGAAGGGGAGAUAAGAGAAAGAGGGAAACAUCUGCAGGGACACUGGUGGCGAAAGGGGGCUUGAACCUGGGUCCUUGCACACUGUAGUGUGGACAUAUAACCAGGUGUACCCAUGCUUGGGCCCCUAAAAUGGGAAGAAGUAGAUCUGAGAAAUCUUUAGGAGGUUAAAUUAACUUCUCAGUGAUGUAUUGACGGAAAGUGAGGUGUGAGGAGUGACUCAUAGGUUUCUAUCUUGGACAACUGUGUGGUGGUGCCAGUCUCUUGAGAUGGGCCUCCCUGCAUCCUGGUUGGGCCCAGGCUGACUGACUAUGUGAUAUCUCGGUGGUUAGAGGAUUGUGUGGCACUGAGAACUGGUUUUCUUCCUCUUUUGACUAGUUUCGAUCUUUCCAUGCUGAGGAAAGUUUCAGGAAACAAGAGUGAGCGCAAUACAAGCGAAAGUCGGUUCCCGAUUCUGGUCCCCGGCCCCCAGCAGCGCCUGCCCCCUUCCCACCGGGGCCCCCCAUGAUGCCACCACCCUUCAUGCCCCCUCCAGGAAUCCCCCCACCCUUUCCUCCAAUGGGGCUACCCCCCCUGAGUCAGAGACCUCCAGCCAUCCCCCCCAUGCCACCUGGCAUCAUGCCCCCGAUGCUUCCACCAAUGGGGGCACCCCCACCGCUCACACAGAUACCGGGAAUGGUGCCUCCUAUGAUGCCAGGAAUGUUGAUGCCAGCAGUGCCUGUCACUGCAGCGACGGCUCCAGGUGCGGACACCGCCAGCUCUGCUGUGCCUGGGACAGUUCCUCCGCGAGCCCUGUGGAGUGAGCAUGUGACCCCUGAUGGGCGCAUCUACUACUACAACGCCGACGACAAGCAGUCUGUGUGGGAGAAGCCCAGCGUGCUCAAGUCCAAGGCAGAGCUGUUGCUGUCCCAGUGUCCCUGGAAAGAGUACACAUCAGACUCAGGCAAGCUGUACUACUAUAAUAACCAGAGUAAGGAGUCCCGCUGGACCCGACCUAAGGACCUGGAUGACCUGGAGGCUCUCGUCAAACAGGAAGCUGCAGGGAAACAGCAGCUUCAGCCCCAGACACUACAGCCACCACCUCCUCAGCCCCAGCCUGACCCCCCACCUGUACCGCCUGGCCCUGUUCCAGUGCCCUCAGGCCUUCUAGAACCUGAGCCAGGUGGGAGUGAAGAUUGCGAUGUGUCAGAGGCUCCCCAGCCCCUGGAGCAGGGGUUCCUACAACAAGCGGAGGAAGGCCCUAGCAGUUCUGCUGGACAGCGUCAGCAACCACAGCAGGAGGAAGAGGAAUCAAAGCCAGAACCAGAGAGGUCUGGCCUCAGUUGGAGCAACCGGGAGAAGGCAAAGCAGGCCUUUAAGGAGCUGCUGAGGGACAAGGCUGUCCCCUCCAAUGCCUCAUGGGAACAGGCCAUGAAGAUGGUAGUCACCGACCCCCGUUACAGUGCCUUGCCCAAACUGAGUGAGAAGAAGCAGGCAUUCAAUGCCUACAAGGCGCAGCGCGAGAAGGAAGAGAAGGCAGAGGCCCGACUCAGGGCUAAGGAGGCCAAGCAGACUUUGCAGCAUUUUCUGGAGCAGCACGAACGCAUGACCUCCACCACCCGCUACCGGCGGGCAGAACAGACCUUUGGGGAUCUGGAGGUCUGGGCUGUAGUCCCCGAGAGGGAUCGAAAAGAAGUUUAUGAUGAUGUCCUCUUCUUCCUGGCCAAGAAGGAGAAGGAGCAGGCCAAGCAGCUGCGGCGCCGCAACAUCCAGGCCCUGAAGAACAUCCUGGAUGGGAUGAGCAGCGUCAGCUUCCAAACCACAUGGUCCCAGGCCCAGCAGUACCUCAUGGAUAACCCCAGCUUUGCUCAGGACCAUCAGCUGCAGAACAUGGACAAAGAAGAUGCACUUAUCUGCUUUGAGGAGCACAUACGAGCUUUGGAGAGGGAGGAGGAGGAGGAGCGGGAAAGGGCCCGGCUUCGGGAGCGGCGCCAGCAACGCAAGAACCGGGAGGCCUUCCAGACCUUCCUGGACGAGCUGCACGAGACAGGGCAGCUGCAUUCUAUGUCUACCUGGAUGGAGCUGUACCCAGCAGUCAGCACUGAUGUCCGCUUUGCCAACAUGCUGGGCCAGCCGGGCUCUACCCCUCUGGACUUAUUCAAGUUCUAUGUGGAGGAGUUGAAGGCACGAUUCCAUGAUGAGAAGAAGAUCAUUAAGGACAUCCUUAAGGACCGGGGCUUCUGCGUGGAGGUGAACACAGCUUUUGAGGACUUCGCCCACGUCAUAAGCUUUGACAAGAGGGCUGCUGCGCUGGACGCAGGCAACAUCAAGCUGACCUUCAAUAGUUUGCUGGAGAAAGCAGAGGCGCGGGAGAAAGAGCGGGAGAAGGAGGAGGCACGAAGGAUGCGGCGCAGGGAAGCUGCCUUUCGAAGCAUGCUGAGGCAGGCUGUGCCUGCUCUGGAGCUGGGCACUGCCUGGGAAGAGGUCCGUGAGCGCUUUGUGUGUGACUCAGCCUUUGAGCAGAUCACCCUGGAGUCGGAGCGGAUCCGGCUCUUCCGGGAAUUCCUGCAGGUCCUGGAGACCGAAUGCCAACACCUCCACACCAAAGGCCGAAAACAUGGCAGAAAGGGCAAGAAACACCAUCGCAAACGUUCCCACUCCCCCUCGGGCUCUGAGUCAGAAGAGGAGGAGCUGCCCCCACCAUCUCUGCGGCCCCCUAAGCGGAGAAGGCAGAACCCUUCAGAGUCAGGCUCUGAUCCCUCUUCCUCACUUGACUCUGUUGAAAGUGGGGGUGUUGCCCUUGGAGCACGGGGCUCCCCAUCCUCCCGGCUUCUCCUCGGAUCAGAUCAUGGUGUUCGGAAAGCCAAGAAACCAAACAAGAAAACGAAGAAGAGAAGACACAAGUCGGUGCGUAGAGGAGGAGCUGCUACCCAAGACCCUGCUAGUUUGUGAGAGCUCUUCUACCCGCCUCCUGGGCUGUCCUUCACAGGAACUGAGGAGGUGGGCUCUGGGCUCUUACAGAACAGCCCUGAGAGUGAGACAGACCCUGAGGAGAAAGCAGCCAAGGAGAGUGAUGAGAAAGAACCAGAACAGGACAAAGCCAGCGAGCUCCAGCGGGCAGAGCUCCCUAACCGCUCUCCGGGCUUUGGAAUCAAGAAGGAGAAGGUAAAAGGCGGGCACCCAGCCCAAGCCCCGUCAGCGCUUUGUCCAGGCCACCACGGCCCUCGGAGGAGGCUUUGGGUGAGCUGUGCCUUUGCUCCACCAGACGGGCUGGGACACGUCUGAAAGUGAGCUGAGCGAGGGUGAGCUGGAAAGACGGCGGCGAACACUCCUGCAGCAGCUGGAUGACCACCAGUGAUCUGAUGAGCCACUCUGCCUUGGGUCUGUGUGAGGCUGUGGCUUCUAGGUCACCUUGCCAUCUGCCCCAGACUCCUUCCUUAGUCUGGUCUGUUUCCACUGUUCAAGUACCCUACCCCACACACCUCCAGAGGUUGCGUGUGGUGUUCAAGGGUUCCCCAGUUCCCGGACAACUAGUGCAGUCCUUGCCCUCAGCCCUAGACCAGAGAUUGGUGACACAUGCCAUGUGGGGUGGGUGGUGCCAGUAGAUAAAAUGUGAGAAGGGGUCUCCAGGGAAGCGCGACAGGCUGGUGGAUAGCCUGGGGGGGCAGAGGGUGGGGUCCUAACCCUCUAGCAUCAGUGCCUGCUCCUGCCUGCCCGGGCUCUGGGGCUUUGCCACUUCCUCCAACCCCAGGACCCAGUGUAUGUGUGUUUUGUUUUGUUCUGUUUUUUGUUCUGAUUUUUUUUUUUUUUUUUAAAUAUUUAUAACACA